AGUUAGGCUCAAAUGUUGUCGUCGAAAACGAUGUACCUGCAAGAAGAUAUCUUAGAUCUGCCUUGGAGAUGGAAAAAAUGGUAAGAAAUAUUCCUGAGUUUUUAUUUCUAUUUGAAUAAUCACAUAAUGACAGUGCAAGCCUGACAUGUGACCGACCCCAAUCUUUCAUUACAUUGAUAUUUUAGGCAAAUGUUUAUCUGGAAGAAAUGAAUCUGGAACAUGCGUAUAUUUUGUACACCAAAUUGAUAACGUAAGUUUUGAAAAAUGGAAUGUUGGAACAGCAUUGUCACAACUUGUUAACAAGCUUGCUACAAGCCUGUUGAGGACAUAUCUUGUUGACAAGUUGUUGGAUCGGCAUUGUCACAACUUGUUAACAAGCUUGCUACAAACCUGUUGAGAACAAUAUAUCUUGUUGACAAGUUGUUGGAACAGCAUUGUCACAACUUGUGAAGAAGCUUGCUACGAGCCUAUUGAGAACAUAUCUUGUUAACAAAUUGUUGGAACAGCAUGUCACAACUUGCUAACAAGCUUGCUACAAGCCUGUUGAGAACAUAUCUUGUUGACAAGUUGUUGCAACAGCAUUGUCACAACUUCUGAAGAAGCUUGCUACGAGCCUAUUGAGAACAUAUCUUGUUAACAAAUUGUUGGAACAGCAUUGUCACCACUUGCUAACAAGCUUGCUACAAGCCUGUUGAGAACAUAUCUUGUUGACAAGUUGUUGGAACAGCAUUGUCACAACUUGUUAACAAGCUUGCUACAAGCCUGUUCAGAACAUAUCUUGUUGACAAGUUGUUGGAACUGCAUUGUCACAACUUGUUAGCAAGCUUGCUACAACCCUGUUGAGAAUAUAUCUUGUUAACAAGUUGUUGGAACGGCAUUGUCACAACUUGUUAACAAACUUGCUACAAGCCUGUUGAGAACAUAUCUUGUUAACAAGUUGUUGGAACAGCAUUGUCACAACUUGUUAACAAGCUUGCUACAAACAUGUUGAGAACAUAUCUUGUUGACAAGUUGUUGGAACUGCAUUGUCACAACUUGUUAACAAGCUUGCUACAAGCCUGUUGAGAACAUAUCUUGUUGACAAGUUGUUGGAUCGGCAUUGUCACAACUUGUUAACAAGCUUGCUACAAGCCUGUUGAAAACACAUCUUGUUGACAAGUUGUUGGAACAGCAUUGUCACAACUUGUUAACAAGCUUGCUACAAGCCUGUUGAGAACAUAUCUUGUUAACAAGUUGUUGGAGCAGCAUUGUCACAACUUGUUAACAAGCUUGGUACAAGCCUGUUGAGAACAUAUCUUGUUAACAAGUUGUUGGAACAGCAUUGUCACAACUUGUUAACAAGCUUGCUACAAGCCUGUUGAGAACAUAUCUUGUUGACAAGUUGUUGGAUUGGCAUUGUCACAACUUGUUGACAAACUUGUUACAAGGCUGUUGAGAACAUAUCUUGUUAACAAGUUGUUGGAACAGCAUUGUCACAACUUGUUAACAAGCUUGCUACAAGCCUGUUGAGAACAUAUCUUGUUAACAAGUUCUUGGAUCGGCAUUGUCACAACUUGUUAACAAGCUUGCUACAAGCCUGUUGAGAACAUAUCUUGUUAACAAGUUGUUGGAACAGCAUUGUCACAACUUGUUAACAAGCUUGCCAGAAGCCUGUUGAGAACAUAUCUUUAUUUAUUUAUUUAUUUAGCUUUGCCAACUAGGGCAGGGUCACCACAACAGCAUAUGCCAAUUACUGUGGGCCCUUUUUUUACCUAACCCGCCCUGUCAACUUUCCCUGUGGGAGGAAACCGGAGUACCCGGGGAAAACCCACGGCUUUCGGCAGAGCGUUGACUUUUACUCUUUUCACAUGGGGACUGGGUUCGAGUCGCACUGAGAAGGUACUUAGUGAGACUCGAACCUGCAGCCUCAGAGGUGAAAGGCAAGUGCGCUAACCACUUGGCCACCGAAGCCCCCAUCUUGUUGACAAGAUGUUGGAACAGCAUUGUCACAACUUGUUAACAAGCUUGCUACAAGCCUGUUGAGAAGAUAUCUUGUUGACAAGUUGUCGGAACAGCAUUGUCACAACUUGUUAACAAGCUUGCUACAAGCCUGUUGAGAAGAUAUCUUGUUGACAAGUUGUUGGAACAGCAUUGUCACAACUUGUUAACAAGCUUGCUACAAGACUGUUGAGAACAUAUCUUGUUAACAAGUUGUUGGAACAGCAUUGUCACAACUUGUUAACAAGCUUGCUACAAGCCUGUUGAGAACAUAUCUUGUUGACAAGUUGUUGGAACAACAUUGUCGCAACUUGUUAACAAGCUUGCUACAAGCCUGUUGAGAACAUAUCUUGUUGACAAGUUGUUGGAUCGGCAUUGUCACAACUUGUUAACAAGCUUGUUAUAAGCCUUUUGAGAACAUAUCUUGUUAACAAGUUGUUGGAUCGGCAUUGUCACAACUUGUUAACAAGCUUGCUAGAAGCCUGUUGAGAACACAUCUUGUUGACAAGUUGUUGGAACAACAUUGUCACAACUUAAUAACAAGCUUGCUACAAUCCUGGUGAGAACAUAUCUUGCUAGCAAGUUGUUGGAACAGCAUUGUCACAACUUGUUAACAAGCUUGUUACAAGUCUAUUGAGAACAUAUCUGGUUAACAAGUUGUUGGAUCGGCAUUGUCACAACUUGUUAACAAGCUUGCUACAAGCCUUUUGAGAACAUAUCUUGUUGACAAGUUGUUGGAUCGGUAUUGUCACAACUUGUUAACAAGUUUGCUACAAGCCUGUUGAGAACAUAUUAUGUUGACAAGUUGUUGGAACAGCAUUGUCACAACUUGUUAACAAGCUUGUUACAAGUCUGUUGAGAACAUAUCUUGUUAACAAGUUGUUGGAACAGCAUUGUCACAACUUGUUAACAAGCUUGCUACAAGCCUGUUGAGAAGAUAUCUUGUUGACAAGUUGUUGGAACAGCAUUGUCACAACUUGUCAACAAGCUUGCUACAAGCCUGUUGAGAAGAUAUCUUGUUAACAAGUUGUUGGAACAGCAUUGUCACAACUUGUUAACAAGCUUGCUACAGGCCUGUUGAGAACAUAUCUUGUUAACAAGUUGUUGGAACAGCAUUGUCACAACUUGUUAACAAGCUUGCCAGAAGCCUGUUGAGAACAUAUCUUGUUGACAAGAUGUUGGAACAACAUUGUCACAACUUGUUAACAAGCUUGCUACAAGCCUGUUGAGAAGAUAUCUUGUUGACAAGUUGUUGGAACAGCAUUGUCACAACUUGUUAGCAAGCUUGCUACAAGGCUGUUGAGAACAUAUCUUGUUAACAAGUUGUUGGAUCGGCAUUGUCACAACUUGUUAACAAGCUUGCUACAAGCCUGUUGAGAACAUAUCUUGUUGACAAGUUGUUGGAACAGCAUUGUCACAACUUGUUAACAAGCUUGCUACAAGCCUGUUGAGAACAUAUCUUGUUAACAAGUUGUUGGAACAGCAUUGUCAGAACUUGUUAACAAGCUUACUACAAACCUGUUGAGAACAUAUCUUGUUAACAAGUUGUUGGAACAGCAUUGUCAGAACUUGUUAACAAGCUUACUACAAACCUGUUGAGAACAUAUCUUGUUAACAAGUUGUUGGAACAGCAUUGUCAGAACUUGUUAACAAGCUUACUACAAACCUAUUGUAAACACAUCAUGUUGGCAAUGGCAAGUUGUUGGAACAGCAUUGUCACAAUUAAAACAUGAUUAUAUCAGACAUGUUAGAGCAACCUUGUGACAAGUCUGAUAAUGCCAUCAAGCUUGCUAGAAGCCUGUCGCAAACACGUCUUGUUGGCACGUUGUUGGAACAACAUUGUCACAAUUUAAUCUUGAUUAUAUCAGACCUGUUAGAACAACCUUGUUACAAGUCUGAUAAUACCAUCAAGGUGUUAACAAUUUGUUAACAGCUUGUUCCAAACUUGCUAUAACAACUGGGAAGAAGCAGUGCGAACAAAACUUGUCGAUUGCUUGUGAACAGAUUUGUAACAACUUGUUGGUAGACCUGUAACAACUUGUACAUUUUAAUUAUUCUAAAUCUAAUGAAUAUUUUGUAGACUGCUGAUUGAAAAACUACCUCACCAUUCUCAGUACAAACAAAUAACUCCGCUGAACAGGGCUGAAGCAAAAAAGGUAAUAUGGUUGAGCACCUAGUACUAUUUAAAACAUUGAGCAGCCGAUCUUUGUGUGAUAUACAAACCAUGAAAGCAUUAGACUAGUCCUACUAUCUGACUAAGUUUGAACGAAAAAUGUUGAAAACUCGCAGAGUUAUUUAAUAUAAUACAUUUCGCUGCAAUAAGAAAAACAUUGAAAAUGUAAUAUUCAAAUUCAAUUUUCUCCCGAAGAAUUUUACGGUAAUUACUGAUUUUCAAACGAGUUGUUCUCCUGCGGGUUUUAACCAAUUUUUCUCAAAUUUUUACAGGACAUAGUUAAAGACGUCAGUUUCAAAAUAGUGUUCGGCUUUUGUUUAAUUUUGGAUAUACUAUUUAAAGCACGCGUAGGAGUGUUUUAUCACAUUGUAUAAAACACGACGCGUAGCGGAAUGUUUUAUAUGUGAUAAAACACGUCUACAAGUGCUUUAAAUGGCUUCAAAAACGACUCAUCUGAUACGAGUUCAUUGGCGAAGUAAUUUUUAAAAUAAACUUUGUCUAAACCGAGAAAAUCAAAGCUAAAGUUUAUGUAAAUUAACAUGAUUUUUUAUCACAUAUAAAACCACGACACGCGCUUAUGAUUUUUCUUUGUGUUUUCCUCCUGAAUUAAUGAGUUUUUGAAAUUUUAAUAAUAAAGAGCAAUUCACUCAAACAAUUCAGAAAUAUAUUGCAGUCGUCAAAGAAAUCGCCAUAUCAGCGGAAUGACGAAAUAAACAAAAAUUUCCGAACACAAUUUUUUAGAACAUCUAUUUUACUGUAUAAAAAUGAUAUUUUCAUAAAUAUAACUUAAAACCAGCAGGAGCACAACUCAAAAGCGUAACGGUACCGCGAUUUAAGAUUUUCCUGAAUAAUUCUUACAUUAUUUUAUUGUUUUUUAAUUUUACAACUUUACCAUAUUUUACAUGCACUGGCGAACAUUUGGUGAAAAUUUGAUUAAAAUCGGACUGAUUUUGAGCGCGCAGUAGCGAUUUUCCGCAAAACGCCAAAAAGGUUGAAAUAAUUAUAGCAAUGGCCCAAAAUCUAAGGGCAUUGCUGUAAUAAGUUUCGUACAGGAUUUUGUAUCUAGGAGACUUAAAACUAUAAAAUAUAUGUGUGGCUUUUUUGCAGCGAGUUACUCGGGCAUUUAAAAGAGCCGAAGAAUUAAAGGAAAUUUUAAGGAAAAAAUACGGAGAAGAGCUUGAAAUUUGGAAAGUCAAGGAAUUUGAAAGGGUAAUGACUGUUGUCCACUCUGGUUUCUUCCUGUAGCAAGUUAAAACACUGGAUCAAUAAGAGAUAAUCUUUACUGGAACUCUUGGGAAAACGUUUUAGAACUGAUAGAGCUAUCCAGUAUAAAUGAAGUUAGUUUACUUUAGGUUUCCUCCUGUAGUAAUACUGGAUCAAUAAAAGAUGAUCCUUACUGGACCUCUAGGAAGAACAGUUUAGAUCUGAUAGAGCUAUCCAGUAUAAAUAAAGUUAGUUCAGUUUAGGUUUCCUCCUGUAAUAACACUGGAUCAAUAAGAGAUGAUCCUUACUGGACCUCUAGGGAGAACAGUUUAGAACUGAUAGAGCUAUCCAGUAUAAAUAAAGUUUGUUUAGUUUAGGUUUCCUCCUGUAGUAACACUGGAUCAGUAAGAGACGAUCCUUGCUGGAUCUCUAGGAAAAACAGUUUAGAACUGAUAGAACUAUCCAGUAUAAAUAAAGUUAUUGCUUUUUAAUUAAUUUUUUAUACUUGUAGAUAAAGUUGGAAGAAGAAGAAAGGGAAAAAGCAAAACUUCGCCAACAAGAAAAAGAACACGCGGAACAACAAGAAUUAGAACGACAAAAACAAUUAGAACAACAGAGACGAGAUGAAAACGAACGUUUGGUUGCAAAUAGCCUAAACCUAAACUAAACUAACUUUAUUUAUACUGGAUAACUCUAUCAGUUCUAAACUGUUCUCCCUAGAGGUCCAGUGAGGAUCAUUUCUUAUUGAUCCAGUGUUACUACAGGAGGAAACCUAAACUAAACUAACUUUAUUUAUGCUACAUAGCUUUAUCAGUUCUAAACUGUUCUCCCUAGAUAUUUAUACUGGAAAAUCUAUAAAUCUAUAUCUUCUUUAUUUAGAACAAUUCCUAGUAUUGACAGAACUAAGAAGCCAAGUUGGUUAGGUGAGUUUGAAUAUUUUGUGAAAAUUUAAUAUUUUUAAUGUUAAUAUUUUAGUUUUAAUAUCUUUAUUAUUUUGUGAGGCAAAACACAACUUUUGGUCCAUUUAUGAAAAAACAAAUUCUGCAUGGGCAUGUGUAAUUGGCACGGACGAACUUGGGCGAAAGAGAGUUAAUUCGUCUGAUAAUUUGUUCCAGUUGUUGACAAGUCUGGAACAAGUUGUUAUCAUCUUGUAACAAGGUUGACGAGGCCAACAGACUCGCAACAAGUUGUUCCAACAAGUCUGAUAUCGUCUGCACGUAACAAGUUGUUAACCAGUUGAUGACAACAAGCUCGUAGCAACUUAUUACGAACAGUCUGUAUUAGUCUUGUUGAAUCAACUUGUAGCAAGUCUGUUACCGUCAUCAACCUUGUAACAAGGUGAUAACAACUUUGUUCCAGACUUGUCGCAACAACUGGGAACAAGCAGUGCGAACACAUCCUAUUGCCCUAAAGUUGUUAUGCUUUAUAUUCGUUCUUUGGUCUAGAGUCAACAUGCUUUUUAUAUUUCUCAUCUCGUCAUUCCGAAGCAAACAUCGACUUCUGAUUCCUGUACAACGCUUAGUGAGGAGGAUAUAUUUACUUACCAAGAUUCUCAUAACUUAAUCACUCUCGGUUGGAUCCAUGUAAGUACAUUAGACUCAGUCACACAUUAAUUGUUUCUGCGGACAUUUCAAGCUCCAGAUUAAUAAAAUAAAGGGUUGACGAGUGUUCCAAUUAUGUUUUAACUUACUGUACGCCAAGAUGAGAGUUGAGAAGGAAGAGUUUGCAUGAGAGUUUUCUUAACUUUCAUUGCUUCAUCGAACGAGAACAAUUAGAAUUGCAUGAGAGUUGACAAGCGAGACUUUACAUGAGAGUUUUCUCAACUUGCAUUCCUUGAUCAAACGAGAACAAGAGUUGCAUGAGAGUUGACAAGUGAGACUUUACAUGAGAGUUUUCUCAACUUGCAUUCCUUGAUCAAACGAGAACAAGAGUUGCAUGAGAGUUGACAAGUGAGAGUUUACAUGAGAGUUUUCUCAACUUUCAUUGCUUGAUCAAACAGAACAAGAGUUGCAUGAGAGUUGACAAGCGAGAGUUUACAUGAGAGUUUUCUCAACUUUCAUUGCUUGAUCAAACAGAACAAGAGUUGCAUGAGAGUUGACAAGCGAGAGUUUACAUGAGAGUUUUCUCAACUUUCAUUGCUUGGUCAAACGAGAACAAGAGUUGCAUGAGAGUUGAUAAGCGAGAGUUUGCAUGAGAGUUUUCUCAACUUUCAUUGCUUCAUCAAACGAGAACAAGAGUUGCAUGAGAGUUGACAAGCGAGAGUUUACAUGAGAGUUUUCACAACUUUCAUUCCUUGAUCAAACGAGAAUAAGAGUUACAUGAGAGUUGAUGAGAGUUGAGUGGAUAUUUCCACGCGCGUGGCGAAAAUUCUCAUCAACUCUGAUUAAUUUCUUAUGUUUAUUUAUUUAUUUAUUUAGACUCAUCCAUCGCAAACAGCAUUUAUGUCGAGUAUAGAUCUUCACACGCAUUGUUCAUACCAACUGAUGCUGCCCGAAGCAAUCGCCAUCGUCUGCGCGCCCAAACACUCGCAGUAAGUUUUUGUUAAACCAUAAAGGUCCGACACACUUACCGAUAACUUUGAUCCUUUUUUAUCCUAGUUUAAAUUUUCCAAACAUUUAGAAGCGUUAUAACAUUUUGAGUUAUUAUGCUAAAAGAAGAGAUUUUUAGAUGGUACGCCAAGAGAAAAUUAUGUCUGAAUCGAAGUUCAGUAAGUGCUGAUAUUGCUGUAUAAAUACGGCGUCAAUUUUACAGCACGAAUGACAAUUGUAUUUAAAUUGACAAUAUUUAACUAUUAUUUUGUGUUUCUUUCGAAAUUCGAGCUUCAAAAUUCUUCCACAUACAAAAAUAUGCUUUUAGCUUAUAAAGCUUGUUUAUCGACUGGGUAUAAAGUAGCUUCUCUGUUGAUUUUCAGAACUGGGAUGUACUCACUGACAGAGGAACACGGAUUGAAAUUUAUCGCUGCUUGCAAGCUGCAGGGAUUUCACCCUCAUCCCAAAGAACCCCCAAUAUACAAGGUGAGGUAUUCUACACGCACUGUAAAUUUUAAGGAAUGGACGGUUCAAGCUAUAGAUGAAACGAAACCAUUAGCAUAGCUGGAAAGAGCAUCUUAAAAUGAGUAAAAUUGCAAAGUUUGGUUGCGAAUUGUUGUAAAAUGAGGAAAAUAUAUAGCCCUGUGAAGUUCGAACAUUUUGUGUAUAUUUCCAUUACGCGCGGGAAAAAUAACCUGCAUUUUUGAACCGAAAGUGUUUUUUUUUUACCGCGCGUAAAACAGAGGGGACUUUCGUCGACGCUGCAUAAAAAUAGUGCGGGCUGGUGAGCUUUUUCCCGAAAAUUUUGCUUUUCGAUGUUUGGCGUACGUUUGGUGUAUUCUAUGAUAUGAUUAAUCAUUCUAUAUGUAAUCAUAUCAUCGAAUACACUGAUAUCGAAGGAACUAGACUCAGUUCCGAAAUAUCAUCAACUCAAACCGACUUGACCGACGUAGCUCAGUUGGCAGAGCAUUCAGCAUUGGACUAGUAUCCCAAAGGUAGCGCGGGUCCUAUUCCCACCGUGGCCAAGCUAACUUUUCAGCUUGCCCGCUGUGGAUCACACUCAGAGUAACAUCACAAACAUCAUAUUCACCUGAGUACAUAUUUACACAACACUAACACACACAAAAUAAUAAUUAAGGAGUCCAAAGCACCUGGUCCAGACAAAAUUCCAGUUCCUAGUUGGUUUCUAAAAACGUUUAGCUACAAGUAUUUAUACUCGCGCCGAACCAGGAUCCCAUUUAAUCAAUUAAUUCGUCCUUUCAAAAACAAAUUUUACAAACUAUACAUUGAAAAAAGGAUCGUCAUUCCAUUACCCAAGAAUCAGAACAUUGAAGAAUUUAAUAAAGAUCUCAGACCAAUAUUUCUUACGCCUACCCUGUCAAAAAUCACUGAAGGCUCAGCUAUAUGUAUCCAUUGACAUAUUUCUCCAUAUUUUCCACUGAUAUUUGAGCAAUUUGCUCGCGCAUUUGUGUUCUAGGAUUCUGGUCAUAUCAACUUGGACGGAGCAUCUUCUAUUGUUGUCGCAGAUCUCAGGUGAAACGAUAUCGUCGAAGAAGAAAUUCUAAACUGAAAUUUCUAAUCGGUGCGUUGGAAUUCGAACGAAGUAUUUAUAAGCUGGUGAACUGAAUAUUAUGAUAUUAUCAAGACGAUACUCCAGACAGGGGCUGGCGAUGCAAAUUGCAAAAUAGGCUGUUUUGCGAAAUAGUCCUGUGUGCUGUUUUUUAUUGUAGACUGGGAUAUCUCGACGCACGAACAGCUUGACAAGGUCCCGAGAGCUAUGAGCAAAUGGAUGGCUCAAUAAUGCUUGGCAACCUCAAAGCGUAACGUGGAAUAUAAUAUCUAGAAGAAUAUAAAAUAAUCUAUAUCAUAAUCUAUAAUGUGGAUAUUGCAAAUUAUGUAUAUAAAAUCGUUGGUCUUAGUUUCUGUUGGCAUUCAAUAUGUCUGCAAAUACACACGCAAAACUCUCACAUCUUGUAGCAAGUCUGUCAACAAGUUGUGUUCGCACUGC